CCCUAUCCCUUAGCUUCGAAUCGCAAUCCCCUUCCCUUGAAAGGCGGCACGAACGCCCAGUUUUAAUUGGAGCGACUAAGUUAUGCACAGGAGCUUUUCGUCCAUUCGCCUUCAUUUUCCCAGCAACGGACACACUACUCGUCUCACUUGAGGCAGGCCUCGCUACAAAUCCACUCGUUUAGGAGUCAUAAUUUCUUCUAGACUGCUCCACAUGCUUGUAAAUGGCACCCUCGUAUCCAUUCAAGCGACCUGAACCGGCGCGACGAUCACUAACCGCAGCCGAGCUCAAUGGAUCGAAGGUGGCUUCUGGACCAACUCUGAAGCCAUCCAAUUCAACUGAACCGAUUCAAAAACCAUCCAGCCGACCUGAACCGGCGCGACGGUCGCUAACAGCAGCCGAGCUCGCCGGGUUCAGCGGUCUUCCCGUGCACUCAUUCCUCCGCCUCCGCUUCCUCUCCGCCUCCCCCGAUCGCGUCGUCGCCACGCUCGUCUCGUCCCGUCAGUCCGCACAGCCAUUUGGCAAUCUGCACGGGGGUGUGUCCGCGCUGAUAACAGAGGCAGUGGGCAGUCUGGGCGCUGCAGUGGCGGCUGGUGGUGCAGUGGUGGGGGUGGAGGUGGCGUGCAGUCAUCUAAGACCAGCGCCUAUCGGCACUCCUGUUGUUGCUGUCGGCACGCCCUUGAGAGUCGGCCGCACUGUGCAGGUGUGGGAGGUCCGCCUUUCCGUAGGUAGAGAGAGCGAUUUGGUACAGGGAGAGGAGACAAGCCUUAACGUGAAAGUGCAGAAUGGAACGGGGGAGACAUCAUCGGCCAGCGAGCUGCGGGGCACCGAGUCCCCUGAAGGUAGAAGCGCUGGUCCAGGGCCAGGGCAGCUGCCAGCGCUCGAAUCGCCUGAUCGCAAGAGAGGAGGUUCAAGGCCAGGGCACCCGCUGGCGCUUGAGCAUCGUGAAACCAAGAGAGGAGGGCCGAGGGCAGGGCAGCUGCUGGCAGUGGGGCGACUCACAUGUGUGCCGUUGCCUCAGGGGCAUGCAAUGGGGGAGAAUGGGGGGAGGAGUGGAGAAGGGGAGGAGGAGGGCCACCGGAAUGGUCGGAGGGAGGGUGGACUAGAGAAGGCUGGAGAGGAGGGAGGUGAGGGGCGGGAAGAGGAACAAGGGAGCAGAGAGGAAGGGAGGGAAGGUUCACUUGCCCGUAUGUUGCACAGCGAACUGGAAUUGGAGCCAGCGCAAGUCAACACCGCUGUGUUCGACACUCCUCGCUUCAACAGCCUCCCCAUCCACAAGUUCCUUGGCCUCCGCUUCCUCGUCGCCUCUCCUCGACGUGUCGUCGCUACCUUUAUCUCGUCCCCUGCGUCAGCACAGCCCUUCAACAACGUGCAUGGAGGGGUGUCAGCUUUAAUCACCGAGUCCCUGGGCAGCGUGGGAGCGAGCCUGGCAGCGGGGGGGGCAGUGGCAGGCGUGGAAGUGACAACGAGCCAUCUCAGGCCGUGCCGGCUCAACACUCCCGUUCUUGCUGUCGCCAUCCCUCUGCGGGUGGGGCGCACCGUGCAGGUGUGGGAGGUGCGCUUAUCUGUUGGGGAGCAAGAGGAACAGGCGCACAACGACGACCUGUGGCACGACGAGCAGAGGCAAGGCAAAGAGCCAUCACACACCAGAGACCCUUCACAAACCAGAGACCCAUCAGAGGCUAGUGCGCCGCAUGUGCUGCGGUCAGCUGCUCCCAAAGCUGGGCUGCUGCUGGCAGUGGGGCGGCUGACAGUUGUACCGCUGCCUAAUGGGGCUAGAGACGAGAAGUCCAAGUCUAGGUUGUGAUAGAGAAUUGCUGUGUAGUGUAUUUGAUUGAUGUAUCAACACGAUGCUACGGGUAUAUUAUAUUAUUGAUGCAAGGUGCUGUAAGGUAUUGAGCCCGUACUUC